AUGGACUUGUCACAACUAGCCUUGACCUUGAACUCACUAUGCGAAGAUGAUUGUUUGUUGACACAUGAACAACUUGAUGAUGUUGUUUCCAUCGAAAUGGACCAUCAAAAUGAUGAAAAUGAAAUUAUUGAGGAUGAACAGUUGAAUGAUGGUGUGGACAGUUGUUGUUCCAAGCUCAACAAACAAUGCGAAGAUGAUUGUUUGUUGAGACAUGAACAACUUGAUGAUGUUGUUCCCAUCGAAAUGGACCCUCAAAAUGAUGAAAAUGAAACUAUUGUGGAUGAACAGUUGAAUGAUGGUGUGGACAGUUGUCGUUCCAAGCUCAAGCUCAUAGAUAAAGAUAAAAAUGUUAAGGAACCUAAGAAUGGGAUGUUGUUUGGCUCUAUAGAGGAACUUCAUGAAUAUUAUAGAAAUUAUGCUAAGCAAGAGGGUUUUGGUGUGGUACAGAAGAAGAAAAAAAAGGAUGAAAAUGGAGAUGUACAUUACAUCACUCUAGCAUGUGCUCGUCAAGGCAACAGACAAUCCAGCUCAAGCAAUAAAGUUUGCAAGCCUAGUAAAACAAUCAGAACGGGGUGUAAGGCUACUUUGAAUGCAAAGUUAGUAGGCACAACGUGGUAUGUGACUAAUGUAAAUCUAUGCCAUAAUCAUGAUUUAAGCCCAGGCAAAGCGAGAUAUUUUAGAUGCCACAAGAAGUUGGAUCCUGCUACGAAGAGGAAGCUUGAUAUAGAUGAUAGAGCUGGAAUCCGUACGAACAAGAUCUAUAACUCGCUAGCUGUUGAAGCGGGGGGGUAUGAAAAUCUUACUUUUGGAGAGAAAGAGUGUCGCAAUUAUAUUGCGAAAUCAAGACGUCUUAGCCUUGGCACAGGAGGUGCUGCAGCACUUCGUGACUAUUUUGAUAGAAUGCGGAAAGUGAAUGAUGAUUUCUAUUUUGAUAUGGACGUGGAUGAUGAGUGUCGGUUGAAAAAUGUGUUUUGGGCUGAUGCACGAAGUAGGUCAUCAUAUGAAGAUUUCGGGGCGGCAUUAAUUUCAAGUGAGGAUACAGCAACAUUUGUUUGGUUGUUUGAGGCAUGGUUGAAAUGCAUGAAGGGCCAAGCGCCAGGGGCAAUUAUUACAGAUCAAGAUCGGGCUAUGAAAAGUGCAAUUAAGAAGACAUGUGACGAGUUUGAUGCAAGUUGGCAGACCCUACUUGAGUGUUAUAAUCUGGAGGAUAAUGCAUGGCUGCAUGGUUUAUACAAUGAACGGACUUUUUGGGUACCGGCAUAUUUAAAAGAUGUAUUUUGGGCCGGCAUGACUACCACACAACGCAGUGAGAGUAUGAAUGCAUUCUUUGAUGGUUAUGUGCACUCGUCCACCUCAUUGAAGGAAUUUGUAGAUCAAAACGAUAACGCUUUGCGUAGGAAGGUUGAGAUUGAGAAUGUUGCUGAUUUCAGUUCUUUUAAUUCCACGAUUUCAUGUGUAAGCAAGCUUCCCUUUGAGAAGCAAUUUCAAAAAAGUUACACCCAUGAAAAGUUCAAAGAAGUUCAGAAGAAGAUUACAGAGGUUCUGAAUUGUAGUUGCUCUCUUCUAAAAAGUGAAGGUGGAAUUAGUACCUAUCAAGUGAUGGAACGAGUAGAAGUCAGUGAUGCCUACACGAAAAAAGUACGCUUUAUUGUUUACUAUAAUGACCCUUCAUGUGAACUGAACUGCAGUUGUUGUUUAUUUGAAUCAAGGGGAAUUUUGUGUAAACAUGUCAUAUCUGUACUGACUACACUUGAAGAUGUGGAAUUGUUGCCUGAAAAAUAUUUUCUAAACCGAUGGAGGAAGGAUUUGAAGCAGCCAUAUAAGUUAAUCAAAAGUAGUUAUGAUCCUUUAAGUGGCAACCCUACUGCAGAGCGAUAUUCUGAACUGAGCAAAAAUGUGCUGAAGUUAGCCGCAAUCGCAGCACCAAACGUGGACCAUUGCAUGGAAGUACAAAGUUAUGUUGAUAUGCUAACUAAGAAAUUAGGUGGUCAAAGCUAUGAACAAAAUCCACCUUCCCAAUCACUUCCAAGUGCAUCUGUGACCGGUAAUAGAACUAUUGAUUGUAUGGGAGUGGAGACAUGCCAAAGAUCGCUCGUAGAUGAAUUGGACACAAGUGAAGAUCCGUUGGCUUUUGUAACUAAUGUUCAGCAUGACCAAGUAAUUGGAACUCAAAAUAGCGUAGUUACACAGGUGAUAUUCUUGCUCGAAUUUGGUGCUGCUGUGUUGGAAUUGAAGGUGAUGGAGGUUCAGAGAAAGAAGUGA